AUGAGACAAAAAAGAGCCAAGGCGUACAAGAAGCAAAUGAAUGUAUACCACUACACAUUCAAAUUUCGAGAACCUUAUCAAAUCAUAGUCGAUGAUGAAAUUGUCACCACUUGUCAAAAAUCCUCCUUUGACAUCCACAAGGGUCUUACACGAACUAUUCAAGCUGAAAACAAACCAAUGAUUACCCAAUGCUGCAUGCAAGCACUAUAUGACACCAAGAACCAAGAGUCAAUCAAUUUGGCCAAGACGUUUGAACGAAGAAAAUGUAAUCAUCGUGAAGCUAUUGCUCCCGCUGAUUGUAUUCACAGUAUAGUUGACAUUAAUGGUGAGAAUAAGCAUCGAUAUGUAGUAGCGACUCAAGAUUUGCAAUUGAGGAGGAAAUUGAGAAAGGUGCCAGGUGUUCCUUUGGUGUACAUGAAUCGAUCAGUUAUGGUUAUGGAACCACUAAGCGAUGCCAGUGCCAAGUAUAGUGAGGAAUGGGAACUGAAAAAGUUGACUGGUGGAUUGAAUGAUUUACAAGCAGGAAAAGUUGUUGAAAAGCACGAGGAAGAGGAAGAAAAAGAUGACGAGGAAGCAAGUGGUGCGCUUGUUAAGAAAAAGAGGAAAGGACCAAAAGGGCCUAAUCCAUUGAGUGUAAAGAAGAGAAAGAAAGGUGAGGCGACUAAUGGUGACCAAGAGGGUGGGGAAAAGAAGAGUAGAAGGAGGAGAAAGCACAAAAAAUCGGGAGAAAUGCAGGGGCAUGAAGGUGGCGAGAGUGAUGAUGGUGAUGGGAAUGGAGGCGAAGAUAUGGAGGAUAGAGUUAACGACACUGGAGACAGAAUAGUAAACGAGACAGUGGAGAAUGUACCAACACAGGACACAACCCACCAACAAGAAAUUGAUCAAGAGUAA